AACUUAGGAAAAAUACGUUUGGCAAGAAUGUAAAAAAAUCUAUUCCACUUGUCUGCCAGAUACCACGUUGUACAUACGCAUAUUUAGUUCUGUGAAAAGUCAUGUUAUAUAUUUUAUAUAAUAAAUAAAUAUUUGUGUUGAGUUUAACUCCUCUAUAUUAUUUGUAGUUAUUAAGAUACCCGAUAGCAACAAAAACAUAGGGUCCCUAACAAAAACAUUACAACAACGCCAUCUGUUUUGUCUCGAUAAGUGAUCUCUCGAUUGGAAGAGAGAAGUCAAACAUGAAGAAAAUUUACCACAAAAAAGACCUCAAUUUGGAAAUCGUGUUUUAUCAAACGACGAUGAUGUUUUUCGUCACAAUGCAUGGGACAAUGUUUCUUGGGAUAAGGAACAAGAAGAAUUAGCCCAAAUGAAAGUAAAUGAUAAUUCUACUGUUACAUUACCAAUGGAAACAUUACUGAAAUAUGAGAAUGAAGCUGAUAAAUAUUGGGACAAGUUUUAUGGAAUUCAUAAUAAUAGAUUUUUUAAAGAUAGACAUUGGUUACUCACAGAAUUUCCAGAAUUAGCACCAGAUACAGUAAAACAGAAUUCUAUGCAACCAGUAAGAGCUGUUAUCACAAAUGAUCAAAAUAAUGAUGACAAUGAUGUAGAAACAAAUACACAAGUUCUUAAUAUAUCAACUACAAAUUCAAAUAAAAUUUUAGAAAUUGGUUGUGGUGUAGGAAACACUGUAUUUCCGAUACUUUUGUAUAAUACAGAUCCAAAUUUGUUUGUGUACUGUUGUGAUUUUUCUACCAAAGCAAUAGAUAUAUUGAAACAGAAUCCUGCUUAUGAUGAAAAAAGAUGCAAAGCAUUUGUAUUGGAUGUAACACAAGAAGAAUGGAUAGUACCAUAUGAACCUGAAAGUCUUGACAUUAUUGUUAUGAUAUUUGUUCUUUCAGCUAUACAUCCAGACAAGAUGAAUCAUGUUGUUAAAAAAAUAUAUCAUUACUUGAAACCUGGAGGAUUAGUUCUUUUUAGAGAUUAUGGAAGAUAUGAUUUAGCACAGUUGAGAUUUAAAAAUGGUAGUUGUUUAUCGAAUAACUUUUAUGUUCGUGGAGAUGGUACUCGAGUAUAUUUUUUUACACAAGAUGAUGUAAGAACAUUAUUCACUAGUAAUGGUUUUAGUGAAGAACAAAAUUUAGUUGACAGGAGAUUACAAGUAAAUCGAGGAAAGCAAUUAAAAAUGUAUAGGGUUUGGAUACAAGGAAAAUAUCGUAAAAAAUAAAUAUGUUGACAAGUAAUCAUGUGAAUUUUGACAUUUGAUUCUCAAAUUCUCCUAGUAUGAGGUUUACCUGUAAUAGCAAUAUAAAACAUACAUGAAAAUACUUCAAAGUAUUUUAUUAAUAUGAAUUUAAA